UAAGUUAUUUAAAUGCAGCUGAUGGAACAGAAUAGUAUAAACACUACCAUGGAUCUUUUAAUGAAGCUACCUUCUCCACUUUCUUCAAUUUGCACUUUGGUGGUUCGUUUGAUGUUGUUAUUGUUAGUUGUUUGUUGCAAAACGAAGGGUGUGGUGGAGCUUCCACCAAAUGUUUCAAUUCCAGCAGUGUUGGUGUUCGGAGAUUCAAUAAUGGACACUGGGAACAACAACAACAACACACAAACACUUGCUAAGUGCAAUUUUCCUCCUUAUGGCAAAAAUUUCAGAGGAGGCAUCCCAACUGGUCGAUUUGGUAAUGGAAAGGUUCCAUCAGAUUUUGUUGCUGAAGAAUUGGGCAUUAAGGAACUUCUGCCAGCAUUUUUGGAUCCAAAUCUCAAACCUAGUGAUCUCGUCACUGGUGUUUGCUUUGCAUCCGGUGGUUCAGGCUACGAUCCUCUCACAUCUAAACUAGCGGCAGCUAUAUCAUUGUCUGGUCAAAUCGACAUGUUCAAAGAAUACAUAAGAAAGCUAAAAGGACUUGUUGGAGAGGACAGAACAAACUUCAUCCUAGCCAAUAGCAUUGUUCUUGUUGUACAAGGUAGCAACGACAUUUCCAACACCUACUUUUUGAGUCAUGCUAGAGAAGUGCAAUAUGAUAUUCCUCAUUACACUGACCUAAUGGUCAACUCAGCUUCUAAUUUCUUAGAGGAAAUAUAUCAACUAGGUGCUCGGAGGGUAGGAGUAUUCAGUGCUCCACCAAUUGGGUGUGUGCCAUUUCAGAGAACAAUUCUUGGAGGAAUAACUAGAAAAUGUGCAGACAAGUACAAUGAUGCAGCCAAGUUAUUCAACAGCAAACUAUCCAACGUGAUUUCUUCCCUUAACCGGAACUUGCCCAAUGCCAGGAUGGUUUAUCUUGAUGUUUACAACCCUCUACUCGAUAUCAUUGUAAAUUACCAAAAUUAUGGUUUUAAAGUGGGAGACAAAGGAUGCUGUGGUACAGGAAAGAUAGAGGCCGCAGUGUUCUGCAACCCUUUGGAUGCCACGUGUCUGGAUGUGGAAGACUACGUUUUUUGGGAUAGUUUUCAUCCUUCGGAAAAUGUUUACAAAAUGCUCGUACCUCCUGUUCUUCGAAAAUAUUUGUACCAGUUCCUCUGAGUUUCUUAUUAGCGUUAUAUAUAUGCGACAUCAGUUUCACACUCUUCUUGCAACAAAAAUAAUUAAUCAUUCAUUUUAAUUUUAAUAUACUAUUAAUGUAAUAAAAGAACUUUUAUAGGAGUAGUACUUAUUAUUAUACAGCCAGUAAAAUAUAGGUUAAUGCAUACGAAUUAAAAUGUUUUAUACAUUGGUUCAUUGUGGAACUUAAUAUAUCAAUGUUGGUCAACUUUAUCAUCAUCAAUGCCAUUCAUUGGUUGUGCAAUUAUUUUUCUUUGUGUCGUGAGAUGGGAACUCGUGCUUCUGUCGAAUGUCUUCACGGUAUGUCCAUUUUUAUUGCCAAAAGUGGACAUCAUGUUGAUCUGCUCUUUGCCUCAAUAAAUAAUAGGGUUUUCAUUCAGAUUUGGAAUAAACUUUCAAUUCGAAUUUAUUAAAUUAAAUUGUGAUUCAAACCAAAUCAAUCAAUUCUGAAGAGCUGAAGCUGACAAUGCUGAUAUGGGAGGCCAAAACACAGCAUGUCUGAAUACCACUUUGGCAACAUAAUGAUGUCUUGAGCAUGGACGUGAGGGGUGGUUGAUUAUAUGGAAGGUCUAAUUGUGGAAGCUAAAUAAAUGUAUUUAGCAAAUGCAAAUCUGUAAUACUAACAUGGGCAAAAGUACUGCGGGAUUGCUGCAAGCUAGGGGAACUAACCUUCAUACAAAUUAAAUUGUAAACCUUGGUUAAUUGGUAAUUUAUACCGGUUCAAAUGUAAAUUACCUAUUAACCU